AUGCCUGGGACAUUCAUAUAUGGCAAUUAUAUAGCAAACAAUGGCACAGAAUCAUCAAAAAAACGCCGAGCCGAGCGCGAACAACGGGAACUCGAGGAAAAGAGAAAGCGAGAACAAGAGGCUCGAGAAAAAGAAAGAGAGAAAUCUGAGGCCCAGGAUCGGGAAAAAAGAGAGCGGGAAGAGCGAGAGAAACGCGAAUGUGAGGAACGCGAAGAAAGAGAAAGAGUGGAACGCGAAACACGCGAGAGGGAGGAGCGAGAACUGCGAGAUCGAUUAAGACACGAGAUUACGGAACAAGUAAGACGAGAAAUAGAGGCGAGAAGGGUACCUAACCAGGAGAUCGUGGGACCGGAGACAGAUCAAGAGGUACAGACGAGACGAGAACGAGAACGACGCGAACGUGAGCAAAGAGAACAAGAGGAGCGUGAAACUCGAGAACGUUUGAGACGAGAAAUCACGGAACAAGUACUUCGGGGAAUAGAAUUAAAUAGGCAAUCCAAUCUGGCAGCACAAAACCCGGGCAUGAUUGUACCGGCGGCAUUGCCGAGAGAAAACGACGAGUUCCGAACGAGAGACUUGGUGCGCAAAUGGGGCGUUACUUUCAACGGUGAACGCGAUGUUUUAGAUUUCCUCGAGCGUAUCGAUGAGUUAACUGAGAGUUAUGGGUUCCAGAAGGACAAGCUAGUCCACUGCAUUCCCAUGCUUCUUCGCGAGAAAGCCAUACCACAUUUUUAA